UGUCUUAAAAAGAAAAACAGAAUCUACAUUUUGGUUUUUUUAUUCUUGUGUGGACUAUUGCUGGAUACAGGAUCUGAGAGUAUCAUGUUGACUGUCCAUAAAAUGCAGUUUAGCCUCAUCUUGCUGUUAUGGGGAUGGGUUUUGUCCACUGAAUGCAGAGCCCACCGGCAAGGAAAAGAAAUACAUGAGGUAUACAAGAAGGGCAGUCGACCUCAAAGACAGAGACGGGAAGCACAUGGAGAAACACACAAGCAAGGCAGCCCCAUACUAAAACGAAGCCCUGACAUCACCAAAACUCCACUGACAAAGUCAGAACAACUUCUGAGAAUAGACGACCAUGAUUUCAGCAUGAGACCAGGUUUCGGAGGUAUGAAAAAUACGGUAGUUGACAUGCUCUUUUCUAUGACACCAUACAGAAUAGACUUUACUAUGACCCUGUAUCUCAGGCACUACUGGAAAGAUGAAAGACUGUCCUUCCCAAGUACCAACAAUCAAAGCAUGACAUUUGAUGGCAGACUAGUGAAAAAGAUCUGGGUCCCUGACAUGUUCUUUGUACAUUCCAAGCGCUCCUUUAUCCAUGAUACCACGACUGAUAAUGUCAUGCUGCGGGUCCAGCCUGAUGGAAAGGUGCUUUAUAGCCUCAGGGUCACCGUAACUGCCAUGUGCAACAUGGAUUUCAGUCGCUUCCCCCUGGAUACACAAACUUGUUCACUAGAAAUUGAAAGCUAUGCCUACACUGAAGAUGAUCUCAUGCUGUACUGGAAGACUGGGAAUGACUCUUUAAAAACAGAUGACAGGAUAUCACUAUCGCAGUUCCUUAUACAGGAGUUCCACACCACCACAAAGCUUGCCUUUUAUAGUAGUACAGGGUGGUACAAUCGCCUGUAUAUCAACUUCACUUUACGUCGCCACAUCUUCUUCUUCUUACUCCAAACCUACUUCCCUGCCACUCUGAUGGUCAUGCUGUCCUGGGUGUCUUUCUGGAUCGAUCGCAGAGCAGUACCUGCCAGAGUCCCUUUAGGGAUAACAACGGUGCUGACCAUGUCCACCAUCAUCACCGGUGUGAAUGCCUCAAUGCCUCGCGUAUCUUACAUCAAAGCAGUGGACAUUUACCUUUGGGUCAGUUUUGUGUUCGUCUUCUUAUCAGUGCUGGAAUAUGCAGCAGUGAACUACCUUACUACAGUGCAAGAGCGGAAGGAGAGGAAGCUGCGAGACAAGCUUCCUUGUACCUGUGGAGUACCUCAACCACGACCUAUGAUGAUUGAUGGAAAUUUCAGUGAUGGGGACGUGAAUGAACUGGGGCACUAUGUAUCCGAGAAUGGUGAUAAGCAAGACCGAAUGAUGCUUCAGCUUUCACUUGGUUCUGAAAGGAGUUCAAACAGGAGGAAAAGUCCAAGAUACGUCAGCAUGAGGAUUGACACCCAUGCCAUUGACAAAUAUUCCAGGAUAAUAUUCCCGGGUGCAUAUAUUUUAUUUAAUUUGAUAUACUGGUCCAUUUUUUCAUAAGCAUUAGUUAUUUCUGUAGUCAAUUUCCACACAGUGCUUUGUGUUUGAAAUCAGUCUCUCUCAUGCUAAUAGAAAGAAAAUGGAGAAAAAAAAUUAAUUUGAACACUGUUUAAUUAAUCCUGUUCUUGAUAUUUUUAUUAUAUAACUUGCAUUUGUGUUGCAAACCGCAAUGUGCACACUUCAGGUUUGAGCUAAAAGUUAGAAUUCAUUGCAUAUAUUUUUAUACUUCAGGCUGUACCAUGUUCCGUCUUGUGCCUCAUGGGCCACUGUAAAUCUUUUUAAUAGGGGAAGAAUUGUCAACUACCCAUGUGUGGGAAACCUUCAUUUUGUAUCUUAGAAACCUUUCCUAAAAUCCUGCUCCAGCAAAUACUUAAGCAUGUGGAUUAAUUCUUGUGUUAAAUAGCCCAGUUGAGUUCAAUGGCAUUAUUCAUGUCAGGAACAUUAUAGAAAUACGAGGGCUGCACAAAGCUUUGUUCACUGAUUCAAUUUGGCAGA